UGUUUACAUUAAUUUUUGCAGCGCAAAGAGACAAAGAAAUGAUAAUAUACUUAACUUUGUAUCAUUUACAUGUUUCUGGCUUACAAUAUUUCUGCAAUAGGCCUACAUUUAAAAAUUGCGAUGUGUAUUUGUUUAUAUUCUUGCACAAAACCGAAUAACUUUUUAUAGUUUUAUUUUACGACUAACGCGUCUGCAACCGCAGAUGAGCUAUGCGAAUAUAUUGUACAAAAUGCAUCUUUAAUGUAGAUUUCUCAAUAAAGUACCACGAAAUGUUGAUUCUUACAUAAUGAAAAUAAAAGAGUAAAGGGGAUAAGAAUUCUAAAAAUAUAUUAAUUGUGCAUCGAUUUCCUGUUGUCGGUGUGUUAAAUGCGAAUCCGUAUUUGUUUUGUCCUUCAGACGUGGCACAGCGAACGGCAAGUUGUUACAAACAUUUUCUCAGUUAUAUGCAACUGAGCUUUAUUUAUACCUUAUUUACAAUCUGCGAUUCAGCAGUCAAUGGAUAUUGAUUUCAAAAGGAGCUUAAAGGUAAUUCGCAGGUAAUGUAUAGGCUGAACACAGUCCGGGAUCCGUGCCAUACCCUUUCUUUACCUCGGCUGCCUCAUCCUCCUUCUUCAUAAUUUAAGCAUGAAAAAACAUUUUUUUCUUGUAAAUAACGAAGGCAAAAUACUUAAGUACGCAAGUGGUUUAGUUUUGGUAUUAUGUGUUCAUUAAUAAUUAUUUAAACGUUAGAUCCAACUAUGGAUAAUGUAUGCUGUAAAACAUCAUCAUGUUAAAAGUAAAAUAGGUAUAUCUCUACGUAUUUCACUGUACAUGUUCCUGUCUUUAAGUGAAUUCGGCUUUAUUCAAAAUGCAAGGGUUACUUUCAGGAAAAUAUAAACCCCCCCAAAUUUUUUUUUCCGUUUUCCUUCCUACUCCGCUCUUUCAAUUGGAGGAAAGUGAUCAGCUGACACUGUCAAAUUGUCCAUCUUGGAGCGAAGCCCUUACUAUAACAUUCGGGCAGUGAAUCUUUGCUGUAGCCCUGAAAUAAAAACCAAAAAGGAAUCGUAAAACGGGCGUCAACAGAAACAGCCAGAGUAAGAUAAACAAACAGAGAAAGGAAGUGAGAGUCAAAGGUAACGAAAAAGGGUGUGAACGUGGGAGAGAGGGAGCGAGGUGAGGUAUGAAUUCGUAUUUCGCGAACCCGUCGCUCCCAUGCCAUUUAGCUGGUGGUCAAGAAGUCAUACCUAACGUGCCCUUAAAUUCGACCACCUAUGACCCCGUCAGACAUUUCUCGUCAUAUGGGGCUGCCGUGGCCCAAAACAGGAUAUACUCUUCUCCUUUUUAUUCGCCUCAAGACAACGUUGUAUUUGGAUCAAGUCGGGGAGCGUACGAAUAUGGAUCCAACAUGUUCUACCAGGAGAAGGAUGUGCUUCCCAGCUGCGGGCAGACCGGCGUGGGGCUGAACACACAGGGACAAGACUGCAGCUUAGAACAAGUCCGCGCGGCAGCACAGGAACAGAAAGGAAAUAUCCAAAUAUAUCCAUGGAUGCAGAGAAUGAACUCGCACAGUGGCGUCGGGUACGGGUCAGACAGGCGACGAGGGCGUCAGAUUUACUCUCGUUAUCAAACUCUAGAACUUGAGAAGGAAUUCCACUUCAAUCGAUACCUAACCAGGCGCCGGCGUAUUGAAAUCGCCAACGCUCUUUGUCUAACAGAAAGGCAGAUCAAAAUCUGGUUUCAAAAUCGCCGCAUGAAAUGGAAGAAAGAGAGUAACCUAAGCUCUACUCUAACGAGUAGCAUAUCAGCUGGGGUGUCCCAGGAAACAGAGAAAGAAGACAUUGAAGAGGAGGCAGAUGACGCGAAGAAGAAGGACUGAAACCCGGAUCUUCGUAUUCCACGUAUCGGUUAAUGUAGCUGUAACUGAACUCGCUAAGACAAAAUUUUUGGUACAUACAUAACUUGUAACUGCAUGGACGUUGUAUGCAUAUAUAUGACCCUUUGAGUUUUCUCUUCGUCAUCCACUCUCUCGCUGUCUCUCUCUGAUCCCACAAGCUCUCACACGCAUUUGCACUUAUAUUCAAUUCUGAUAAAAUAUGCCUUGAAAAAAACCCUCCUACUGUGGAAAUAAUUCUACUGCUGACUACUUCACAUGUUUUCACGUGUAUUUUAGUAAAAAUCUUUCUUUUUAUUUUACUCAACUACAAUGGCGCUGUCGCUCCAACGUGUCUGUAAAUAAAUGUCCUUGUGUCUGUCAAUAGGUUUGUAUUUCUGAUGAAAAUCCAUCGUGUGUAAAAACACACGCAUGGUCAUUCCGAGAAUGAAGGCGUGAAUGCUUUACAUUUCCUGUGAAACACGAGUAAUUUCAUGUUUUCGUAUAUUGUGUUAACAAUGCAGUUUGUUCAAAUGUUGAAAAGUUUGUCACGGGACGGUCUAUACUACCUGAACUGUACAUAUGUCUGUAUAUAUGAAACACACGCCCCACCCGUGAGUUAGACCAUAUUAUUCAGGUUCUCUUAAGACGUUAAUUAUGCUGUACUGAGUUAAAAUGUGAUACAGUACAAUAUCGCACUCUUACUAAUGCCAAAAUUUAGAAAUAAAACUACCUUUAUUAUUAGAAAUUUAAAUUAUAAUCUUAUGGUGUUAUUCAGUAUUAAUAAAACCAUUAGAAUCCCAGCGAUUGUCCGGUGGUGUACCUUUGUAUAAAUGCAAGAAAGGGAAAUAGGUCUACAGCGCAUUAUUACAUUCUAUGCAAAAUAUUUAUAUUUGCACAAAUUUAUUUUAUGGAGUAAUCAUGACAAUUACAACGAUAACAACAGUCAUAUGUCGUAAAGACAACACAUAUCGUGUUUUAAAACUUACACACAGUUCAAAAUAAAGUAGGCCUAUUGAAGCAUAAAUUAAUAAAACCUAGCAUGAAGACAUAUUUUAAAGAUAAUUAACAAGGAACUUUGAGCGUAAAAUAAAAUUAAACGGAUGAUAUCGGUAACAAACGUAUGAUUUGGGUGUAUUAACAAUGCUUUAAAAAGUACAUCGCUAAGGGGCAAUUCACUAGAUGUUGUGUCUGGGUGUUAGAACAGUUCGACGAUAUGCAAAGGUUUAUCAUCACGUUUUAAUAAAAAAAAUAAUUUUCUUUCCUAGUAGCCUAUAUUCGGAUCAAUAAAAACAUGAAAACAAUAAA